GAAGAAAUCAUCUCUUUCAUCUCAACUUCGCUCAAUGGACGGAAAGAAGGACAAGCGCGACGAAUCCAAGGCUGUAACAACCCCGGAGAUAGGGUUGAGUGAUUCAGAUGUAUUAGGAACGCCCAAAAACCAGCAAAAGGACAAGAAGCGGCAGAAGAAGCAAAAGAAGGUUGAUCAAGACACCUUGUUGAAGCCUAAGAAACUGCAGAAACACAAGUUGCGUAAGAAGAAGCAGCAGAAGAAGGUUUCGACAACCUCAGAGGAUUCUGAUAUAUAUUCUGAUGAACCUAAAAAGCUCAAGAAGAUAAUUGUUGAAUUAAGCGAUCGUGUGAACGAGAUGACUGAAAUUGUCCAGAAACUAAAGAAGAAUUCAGAUCUACUUGAGAAGGAGAAAGAAACUCCAAAGAAAAAGGUGGUAGAGUGCUGUUUCGAAUCUGAAGAUGCUUUUAUUCAACACCAGAAAACCAUUUUCGUUGAGGGAUUCAUGUGUUCCCCUCCUAGGGAUGAUAUCAAGAGCGCACUGAUAAACCAUUUCAGUCCUUGUGGAAAGGUUUCAAGGGUUUCUAUUCCCUUUCAUUGUAAAACCGGUUCUCCCAUGGGAUUUGCCUUCAUCAAUAUGAUAAAAGAUUAUGAUAAGGCUUUAACACUCAAUGGAAGUUACUUGGAUGGACAGAGGCUUACGGUCAGGAUGGCUAUAGAUAGAAGCGAAUACUAUUUUUAUACUAACCAUAAGGGUUGUGAACGUUGUGGUAUUGCUUUGCGUAAGCACCUCCAUAAACAGAGGUCUGAGAAGUUUUACGAAAGACAUAGAUUCCCCCUCCUCUCAGAUGACAUUCGUACCCGUUGACUAGGUGUCCCUAUCCUGUGGUUGUUUUAUUGUUCCAAUAAAACACAAAUUUCGUGUGUUCUAAAAGUAGUUGUAUUAUGGGAUUCAUGCUAUUUAGUUUCAUAAUCUAUGCCUAAAAUAUUUAAUGAUGAAAGUCUUUUGGUUUUCAAAAUACUUUAGUUUUUGUAUUUUGGGAUGCUUGUUAUUUAGUUUCUUAAUUUUUACGCCUAUAAAUGUAAUGAUGAUAC